AACUCCAAUGGCGUAACAUUUCCGUUCAGGCACCGCGUGGUCAGCCCCACCAAACAGAAACAUUCCGGGUCCUUUCGCUUCACGUGUGCGUCUGUCUUGUGGACAACGUGAGGGAGAGCCAUGCCGAAGUCAAAGAGGGACAAGAAAAUUUCGUUAACAAAAACGGCCAAGAAAGGGCUGGAAUUAAAACAGAACUUAAUGGAGGAGCUGCGGAAAUGUGUGGACAUCUACAAGAACCUGUUUGUGUUUUCUGUGGCCAACAUGAGGAAUAACAAAUUGAAAGACAUCCGGACAGCAUGGAAGCACAGCAGGUUCUUCUUUGGCAAAAACAAAGUCAUGAUGGUUGCCCUAGGUAAAGGACAAACAGACGAAUACAAAGAUAAUUUGCACAAGGUCAGCAAGCAUCUGCGAGGAGAAGUGGGUGUGUUGUUCACAAACAAAACUAAGGAUGAGGUGCAAGAAUAUUUCAGUCAUUUCAAAGAGAUGGAUUAUGCACGGUCAGGCAACAAGGCACAGAUGGAUGUAGUACUGGAUGAAGGGCCUCUGAAACAGUUUCCACACUCCAUGGAGCCCCAGCUGAGGCAGUUAGGACUUCCCACUGCACUCAAGAAGGGUGUAGUGACGUUACUGUCGGACCAUGAAGUGUGCAAGGAGGGGGAUAUACUAACUCCUGAGCAGGCUCGCAUUCUGAAACUCUUUGGAAUCGAGAUGGCAGAAUUCAAAGUGCACAUCAGGUGCAUGUGGAAUUCAGAAACAGGUGAGUUUGAGAACUUUGCCGGGGAGGAAGAAUCACUUCAGGAUGAUGAAGAUGAUGAGAAAGAAGAUGAUUCAGAAUGAAACUUCUCUUUACAAGAGUUUGUAUGCAUCACUUUUUAAGUCCUCUUUUGCCAAACUUCAAUAACAGCGGGACACCAAUGGUAAAACCACACAUCCUGACUGAAAAUUCCUCCGCUGGAAUAUGUUGUGGUCUCUUUUUGUUAUUUUUUUCAUACACAAGCUUUCACUGAACUUCUGUCCUUCGCUUUGGAAACAUAUAUUUGGACUGUGCUGAUGUUUGGUGAGCGCCGGUUUGUGGAGAGAACAGACUUCAUGGGGACUUCAUCAUGGUGAAUAUUUUUACUUCGUGCAGAUCUUUACCAUUCAGGCUAUGCAAUUAUUCCCAAAGCCUCUCAUAUGAUCAGGCAUCAUAUAUGGUGGAUUACAUCUGUCUGUGUAAAAAUACUCCUUUUCAUGAUGUGAGAAAAUGAUUGCUAUUUAGUAGUUUAAGAUGAAGACAGUCUCCAGAAAAACUCAUUUACAUUUGUCAACUGAACAUUAACAGUAACAUGCUGUUAUUCAUUAACACAUACAGGUCUAUCACUGACCCUUUGGAAAAAACAUCUUGUAUCAAAUGAAAUUGUAGAAAAUAAACUAAUUUUCUUAUCGUCCCAUCAAACUC